AUGUUUGCAGCCAGCGAGGAUCGACUGGUCUUCACCUUCGAUGCCGAACAGCUUUGGAUCGAGCCAUGGGGCCUCAAUGCGGUCCGCGUCCGCGCCACCAAGAUGCCAACCAUGCCGCAAGAAGAUUGGGCCCUCUUACCUCAGCCCAGCACCACCGCCAAGAUCCAAUCUCCAAGCGAGGCAAGAUCACGAUAUUCGACAAUGCUAGCGGGAAAACUUCUCUUGGAGGAAUACGCCCGUGACCGACGCGACAUCUUAGAUCCAAAGUGUAGUGCUUUGGAGGUCGAGGCUCGUGAGUUCAAGCCCAUCAUCGGCGGGGACUAUCAACUCACAGCCCGGUUCGAGAGUCUGGAUCCGAAGGAGAAGAUCUAUGGCAUGGGUCAGUACCAACAACCGUACCUGGACAUCAAAGGCACUCAGCUCGAGCUCGCGCAUCGCAAUUCCCAGGCUAGCGUACCUUUUGCUGUGUCUUCGCGCGGAUAUGGCAUUCUGUGGAACAAUCCAUCUAUUGGCACCGCUAUAUUUGGGAAGAAUGUUAUGAGUUUUCAAGCGCAGUCCACAAAGUCCCUUGACUAUUGGGUUGUAGCGAGCGACACGCCCGCUCAGAUUGUUCAAUCAUAUGCUGAAGCUACCGGCAAGGCAAAGUAUGGGUUGGGAUUUUGGCAGUGCAAGCUCCGUUACCAAACACAGGAAGAGCUUCUGCAGGUGGCACGGGAAUACAGACGCCGAGAGUUGCCCAUAGAUCUCAUCGUCAUUGACUUCUUCCACUGGACAAUGCAGGGGGAUUGGAAGUUUGAUGAGAAGUACUGGCCAGACCCAGAUGCAAUGGUCAAAGAGUUGAAGGAACUCAAGAUUGAGCUCAUGAUAUCAAUCUGGCCUACCGUGGACAGACGCUCGGAAAACUACGAGGAGAUGGUUGAAAAGGGCCUACUCAUCAGAACGGAGCGCGGCGUACGAACAGCAAUGACCUUUCAAGGACAGACCAUUCACUUCGACCCAACCAACCCUGCCUCACGUGAUUACGUCUGGAACAAAGCCAAGAACAACUACUACAAGAAAGGCAUUAAGGUAUUUUGGCUAGACGAGGCUGAACCCGAGUAUCGCCACUACGACUUUGACAACUACCGCUACCACCUGGGCCCCAACGUUUCAAUCGGUAACAUCUUCCCCCGGGAAUACGCCCGUACAUUCUACGAAGGCAUGGAAAAAGAAGGCCAACAGAACAUCGUCAACCUCCUCCGUUGCGCCUGGGCCGGCAGCCAACGCUACGGAGCCCUAGUAUGGAGCGGCGACAUCUCCUCGUCCUGGUCCAGUUUCCGCGACCAGUUAGCCGCGGGCCUCAACAUGGGUCUCUCGGGUAUACCCUGGUGGACAACCGACAUCGGCGGCUUCCACGGCGGAAACCCAAACGACGAAGCCUUCCGCGAGCUCUUCGUCCGCUGGUUCCAAUGGGGCACUUUCUGCCCCGUCAUGCGCCUCCACGGCGACCGAGAGCCCCGCCAAUCAAAAACCCCAAACAGCCCCGGUUGUCGUAGCGGCGCGGACAAUGAAGUCUGGUCGUAUGGUCCGGCUGUGUAUGAGAUUUGCAAGAAAUAUAUGUUGGUCCGCGAGGAGCUACGUAACUAUACGCGGAAACUCAUGGAGGAAGCGCAUCGGAAGGGGUCUCCUGUUAUGCGGACGCUGUUCUACGAGUUCCCAGGUGAUGACAAGUGCUGGGAGGUUGAUGAUCAGUACAUGUAUGGUGACAAGUAUCUGAUUUGCCCUAUCUUGGCGGCGGGUCAGCAGAACAAAACGGCGUAUCUCCCGCCUUUGCCGAGCGGACAGCAGUGGAGGUGCUUUUGGAGUAAGAAGACGUGGGGGAGUGGACAGUCGGUUGAGGUAGAGAGUCCGAUUGAACUUAUGCCUGUGUUUGAACGGGUGUGA